UUUCAACGAGUCUUUCUUUUUUUGGUUUUCCUCAACGACUUUAGACAAAUUCUUUAAAGUCUCUCAGCUUCCAGACGAAGGAAAGAUGAUACAGACAAAGACAACUAUGGGACAAAAACAGGGCGUUGACUCAAGAGGCAAAGGCAAAGGAGUUUCCGGUUCGUCGGUAGGGCCAAAGCACGGCGUUGACUCUAACGGCAAAGGCAAAGAAGUUUCCGGUUCUUCGAUCGUUACCGGACCAUCGCCUUUCGAUGACUUGCCUGAGGAUUGCGUUUCCAAGAUAAUCUCUUUUACAAGUCCUCGGGACGCAUGCGUCUCUAGUUGCGUUUCCAAAACGUUUGAAUCUGCGGUCAGGUCCGAUGGUGUGUGGGACAAGUUUCUUCCGCCGGAUUAUACUUCUCUGGCUCCUCCAUCGCUAGUUUUGUCAUCCAAGAAAGAGCUCUAUUUCGCUCUUUGCAAUCAUUCUCUAAUCGAAGAUGGCAAAAAGAGCUUUUGGCUUGAGAAAGCGAGUGGGAAGAAGUGUGUAAUGUUAGCUCCAAGGGAACUAUGGAUCACAUGGGGAAAAAGUCCUCAGUAUUGGCAAUGGAUCUCAAUGCCUGAAUCUAGGUUUGAAGAAGUACCUGAGCUUCUCAAUGUAUGUGCUUUUGAGAUGGGUGGUAACAUGAACACUCAAGUCCUAUCUCCGGACACUCACUACACAGCUUACGUUGUGUACAAGAUAAGGAACCGGCGUCACGGCUUACGAGAUUUGCCCAUACAAGUUGGAGUUGGGUUUAAGGGACAAGAGAUGCCAAGAAAAUUCAUAUGUUUCGAUGAGACUACCGAUGAAUACAAACCUUGGCCAAAGAAGGAGCUGAUGAAAUCAGUGAUGAGGGAGGAAGAUGGGUGGAUAGAGGCAGAGAUUGGAGAUUUCUUCAACGAAGGAGGAUUAAUGGGUUUUGAUGAAAUUGAAGUGAGUAUUGUUGACAUUACUUCAGGGAAUUGGAAAUGUGGCGUGAUCAUUCAAGGGAUUGAGUUCAGGCCAAGGAGAUAGCCGGUAAAGUGAUAUACCGCCGGUUUACUGAAUGGAAUAACGGUUUGAUGAUUUCCGGUUAUGUAUUUUUUGUAACCUCUUUGGAACAAAAAAAGACUUGUGACAUGAUUUAAAGUUUGUGGGUUGUAAUGUUUUUUAUAUUUGGUUUUUGAUUUUUGAUGAUAGUCUUCUUACAUAACUAAACUCAAUAAAGUGAAAUUGUGUGUUUUUUUUUGUAGA